AUGAGAGAGAUAUUGCUAUUUAUAUUCGGCACUGCAGGUAGUCUUUCAAAGAAUACACGAUCAUGCCCGGAUCAAGAACUUGGAGAUCAAUGCGAUGCUCAAUGCCGUCUUAUUUUCAUUGAAUGUCGAGGAAACUGUGCAGAUUCUGUCUGCGAAUCUGUGUGCUUGCAUGAGUACUCAGAAUGCAAUGAUUCUUGUCCUUGUUUUCAUGAUUGUCCCGAUGGAUGUGAUGGUUGUAAGCACCCUCUUUGCUUUUGUAAGAAUCCGGAGCUUGACAAUCCGAUAUACAAGCAAUGUAUUGAAGAGGCUGCAGCUCGUCAAAAAAAGUGCGUUACCACUUGCUACGCCAAUAACGCAUGUUUCGAGAGAUGUAACGACGACUUUUUUAUUGAUUCUGCAAGAUGCCCUUGUAUGUCAGAAUGUCCAACUGGGUGUCCAUGUGAUGGCGGUUAUAAAUGUCAGCCAUUUAUAACUUCAAUAUGUCAGAGAUAUAGUUAUAAGCACAGUUAUAUCAUCUCAGCUGAUGGAUCGUUCAAGGACAAUCGCUAUUAUUCAACUCCUGAUGUAGAUGGAUUCUCUCUUGAAGGUGUCAGAAAUGGAUAUUUGAACGGAGAAAUAUUCUUCUUUGGUGGAAAUAAUAGUCCAAGACAAAUUACAAAAUUAAAUGAAUGCUCGAUAGAACUUAUUUCUAUAACGCUUCUAAACGAUUUUGAAAUCGAUGGCAUGCUUGUGACAGUACCAACAAUGCCAAAUGAGAUUCUCCUGUGUUCUGGUUCUGCUCCUUAUACAAAAUGCGAAGACUUCAAUGGGCAAAUAACGCGAAAUAAUCCGUAUGUAAUGAACUUCCAACAUGAUUGUGGCUGUAUGGCUCUGGACAACAAUAUGCCAACUGCUAUUGCUGGUAGAGACACAGAAACAGGAGAUGUUCAUUCGAAAAUCGAAAUUCUCGGACUCAGUGGUUGGCAAUACGGUAAAAAUCACCCGAUCGCUGCAAGAUGCAUGGGCUGCGUUUCUUUGGGAAAUGGAAUACUUACACUCGGAGGAAACAAAAUAACUGAUGGUGAAAAUAAUUUUUCCGAUGAAAUUUAUUUGCUUCGGAAUAAUGAAUGGUCAUUUGCGGGUCGGUUGCAACAGGGAGUUGUGACAUCUAGUCUUCUGUUUUUUGACGAAUUUAUAAUUUCUUUUGCUGGAAGCUCUUAUUCCGAAAAUGCCAUUGUUGAGCGACUUGAAUGGAAUGGAACUCACGUAACUUCAUCAACGACUAUACAUGAACAUAAUCAUUUGUGUUUUCAUCCGAUUGUCUUUAAGACAUCCCCUGAUAAAUGUGUUGAUUCCUGCGCUGAUUCCUGCUUUUCUUGGGAAGUUAAAGAUCAUUUUUUUUAUUAA